UCCUUCUCUCGGUCGGAAUCCCUGUGUAGAAAUUAUCCACCUCCACUCCCAAACAAAUGCAAUCACCAUGUCUCCGCCUCUGCAAGAAUUAUUGUCUAGGGUUUCACUUUCACCAACCCAAUACUCAAACCUUCUCUUGUUCCUUGUCUAUCACUUCCAAAUUACCUAAACCAAAGAGCGCUAACAGACGACUCAUAACCCAGAGCCAGAACAGACCCAGCAAUGGCCACGACAAGACAAACCCGAAAGGGAAGGCGACAGUGAAGGGGAAGAAAGAGAAUGUUUGGAGCAUUGACAAUGAGAUGGCGAAAGCAUCUUCACAGAAAGAGAAAGAGAGGGAAAGAAGCAAGCAGAGGAGGAGGGGGAAAGGGAAGAGAGUGGUUGGGGGUAGGAAGAACAAGAUUGGUAGAGUUUUGGUGUCUGGUGCUAUGUUGAUGGAAGUUGAGACUGUUCUCCAGACUCAGGAACCUGUGAUAAAACCAGCAUGGAAUACGUUUGCAAGUAGUGUAAGUGGGAUAUGGAAGGGUGUUGGAGCGGUAUUUUCACCCAUCACUGCUGAAAUGGAGCCAAUUGAAAUUGGAAACAGGAAUGAAAACUUGUAUGACUGCUACACAUUUGCCCGCAUUGAGGCAGUUCUAUCUCCUGCCGGAAAGACUUCUGAAAUCCAUAGGAAGAUAAAUUGGGUUACUUUAAAUCCCCAUGGUGAAGUUCCACUGGUGAAAGAAACAGUCAAUGACAGUAUGGUGAAUCAUGUUUUGCCCAAUUUUGAGUCUUUUGACUUGGCAACUAGUGAUGUUAUGGAAGAAGAUGUCAUGGGCAAUGAACCUGGUCUUGUAUUCUUUGAGGAUGGAUCUUAUUCUAGGGGACCCCUUGAUAUUCCUGUUGGUGACAUUGAUGAUUCUAAGUAUUACCUUUCUCCAACUUUUACGUUUGAACAAUGUUUGGUCAAAGGUUGCCACAAAAGGCUCCGUAUUGUUCACACGAUUGAAUUUGGUAAUGGAGGUUCAGAUGUACAGAUAAUGAGAGUUUCUGUUUACGAAGAAGAGUGGGCGAGCCCUGCAAAUCUUCAGGAUCAAAGUGAUCUGGAGUUUGAUUUGAAGCCGUUUUCUCAACGAAAAAGAACCCAGCCAUCAGAGCUUACAGGGCCAUGGAAGGUGUUUGAGGUUAGUGCCACUCCAAUAUAUGGUGACGAGAUUGAAGCUGCAGAAAGCAAUGGUGCCCCUUAUGUGUACCUUUGCACAGAAACCUUAAAGAAGAGGAGCUUGCCUGAGAGUUCAGUCUACUUCGGAGAGGAAGAGAUGCUAGAUAUGCAAGAUGCCACUGUUCUUUGGCUGCCUGGUGGUGUGACUGGUUAUGUUGAUGUUGAUAAGGAUGGCAUUCUUACUAUUGGAGUCGGAUGGUACUCAGACGAGGGAAUCAACCUUGUUAUGGAGCGUGAUUAUGGCUUAGAUGGGAAGCUCAAGGAAGUCCGAUGGAAAUCUGAGGUAAAGAGAAGGUGGUCUGAUCCACUUCCUGUGUAAAUAUGUAUCUCAAACUUUUUCUCUCAAUGUUAAUUUCCCAACACGAAAUGCCUUGUCUACAUUUGACAUAUUACAUGUACAUGUAAAUUGUUACAUUUGAGAUAAAUAAAUGUUCGACGGAUGUGCAAA